UGAGAGGCUGCUGCUUUGAACAAGACUAAUAGUAGUGAGCCGAGCUGCACUGUGGCUGCCUCCUGCCUCUCUUCACUGUCCCAAACACAGCCACUGACAAGUUGCAGCUGCUCUCAGCUGCCUUGCUUCAGUAUGGAAGCAUGAAGAACCAAGCAUCGACUCAAAUAAGGGGACGAUAAUCAGACACUGGAGAGAUACCUGUGGAUGGACUGUACAAGAGCAACCAGGAAUCUAGCUAGCUGUGAACAUCUACAACAGUAUGUUUCACAGGAAUUCUUCCCCUUGUCGGAAGCUGAAAACUUUGAGUAAUGAAGGUUUGAAUAUCUGGCAGAGAUCACAAGUCUACUGAACAAGAUUUUGACACUGUUUCAAGCAGCCCAGUUUGAACAAUGCUGAAACUCACCAUCAGCCUCUUCUUGCUGAUCAGAUUGGCAGGGGCUGAAAAGGCCACCUCAGAAACGGAUGCAGGCAAGCUUGCACAGACUGAGGAGUCCAACAGUCGCAAUGCUCGGUCCCCGCAGAGUUCGCCACCCACCAGGUGUACCUACACCUUCAUUGUCCCCCAGCAACGGCUGACUGGUGCCAUCUGCCUGAGCACCAAGGUACCUGUGAGCGGGUAUGACGGCGUGAAUAAGAGCGAGCUGCUGGCCGUGAGGGAGGAGAUGCACGAGCAGCAGCAGCAGAUUGAAGACCUCAGGCAGAUGGUGGAAGUGGACGGGCGAGUGAUCGACGAAGUCAAGUCUCUCCGCAAAGAGAGCCGCAACAUGAACUCCAGAGUAGCGCAGCUCUAUGCCCAGCUGUUGCACGAGAUCAUCCAGAAGAAAGACGAGUCGCUGGAGAUCUUCCAGCUGGAGAACAAGGUACUUAACGUCACGACCGAAGUGUUGAGGUUGUCGAUAAGGUACAAGGACUUGGAGCGCAAGUACACAGCCCUCACCACCCUCAUGAGCAACCAGAGCCGCACGAUUGCUCAGCUGGAACAACAGUGCAGCCAAAUAGUCCCAAAGCACAAUCAACAGAAUCAACAGCAGGAGGCAGAACAGAUAGCCCUCGUUGCUAUCACUGGGAACAGUCUGAAUGGCAGCUCCAACAAGAGCAAAGCUCCGGGCUCUGGCAAUGAAAUAUUGAGAGAUCAGAUAUACAGAAUGACACAGGACAGACUCAAGAGAAUGGAACAGUCUCCUCCCACUACAGUUCCACUUGUGACCACUACUAAAUCAUCAGCAGGUCCCUGGAAAGACUGUCUCCAGGUUUUAGAAGACGGCCACAGAUCCAAUGGAAUUUAUCUAAUCAAACCCAAAAAUGUCAACCAACUGAUGCAGGUGUGGUGUGAACAGCAGAAGGAAGCUGGUGGUUGGACAGUCAUCCAGAGGCGCCAAGACGGGUCGGUCAAUUUUUUUAGGACUUGGGAGAAUUAUAAGCAAGGCUUUGGGAACAUAGAUGGCGAGUACUGGCUCGGCUUGGAGAACAUCUACUGGCUGACAAAUCAGGAUGACUACAAACUCCUCGUCGUCAUGGACGAUUGGCAAGGGAGGAGAGUGUUUGCCGAGUAUGAUAACUUCUACCUGGAGUCAGAGAAAGAUUUCUACAGGUUGCGACUAGGCCACUAUCGUGGGAAUGCUGGAGACUCCUUAUCAUGGCACAACAACAAGCAAUUCACCACACUGGACAGAGACCGAGACCAAUACACAGGUAACUGCGCCCAUUACCAGAAAGGAGGUUGGUGGUACUACACCUGUGCUCAUUCAAACCUGAAUGGAGUGUGGUACAAAGGAGGGCACUAUCGUAGCAAGUACCAAGAUGGAGUUUACUGGGCUGAAUUCCGUGGAGGAGCCUACUCUUUAAAGAGUGUAGUGAUGAUGAUGCGUCCAAGCUAGUCAUCGAUGUAACAUAUUCAUAUAUUGGAUUGCAAUCAUAUAUAGAAUAUAAUCAAUAACUAUUAUUGAUGGGCACCUCUUUAUAUUUUUUAAAUACUGUGUUAUAAGCAAAGAUACAGACAAUAUAACUACCAACUUAAAGACUAAUCUCUAAAGACAAAAGCAGACCCAAAUCUUUCAGGGAAUAACCUCUAACAGGCUGAAUGUAUCAGUGAUCUAUAUGCUGCUUGCUCCUUGUGGUCUGUGACUUUUAUUUAUGAAGCUAUUUUUGGUACAAUGAAAAGCAUGCUCCUCUGUGUGUAUGUAGGAACACAGCCCCUCCCAUUGAAUAAAUCAUUUUCCAUAAAUACAU